AUGAAAAACAUAAACGUAAACGUUGGAAGCAACAAAAAAAGCUAACAAAAACAAGGGUUGAUUUUCCUUCUCCUAUACACGCCAAUGCUUACAGCCAAACAACCACCCCUCCGUAUGCGGGUCCAUCACAUUUUUCUUUUGCCAGGCGGUAAAGAAAACGACAAAGACUCUCUAAAGAAUAGAAAAAUUUUGUCGAUACCGAGCGAGCCAAAGACGACGAGAAAUGGGAAAAUUUUCACUGUUUUGUUGUUAAAGUGUAACAAAAAAAAAAGAAAUAUAAAAUAAUAAAUAUUAUUAAUUUAAUUUUGAUUUUAUUUCGCUUCCGACACACAACAAAACCGAUUAAAAUCAUCACACAGUUCGCAUCUGUUCCGCAAACGAAGAAAUAGCAAUUCGAUUUAAGUGAAAUUCAGCGAUUUAUUUUUUCCUCUUAUUUGCAAAAGGCAGUGAAAAACGAGAAAAUUUUGUGUUAACAAGAAAAAAAUAUUUUUGCAAGGAGUGCUACCGAACGAAACGAGAAAAAAAAACGAAAAAAGUAAUAAAAUUAUAUAUUUAAAACAAUAACACGUGCCCCUCUAUUUUCUGUUAUAGAAAUAUCGAAAAAUAAGCUUUGUGGAAAAACUUCGAAUAAAGGCCCCUCCCCAGUUUCAUAAACGAAGUAUACCCUAUGAAAGAAAUGGAAACCUCUAUUGAGUCUCCUUUUGAAUAAAAUACAAAAAGUGGAUAUUUUCAAAAGAUCCUCCAAUUAGUGAUUCACUUAGUUCCUGACUUCGUCCUCGACAGUUUAUCUAAAACAUUGUGCUGUCUACUAUAAACAUCUUCAUUGUAGCUGGUCCAGGUUCAAGGUUGACAUUCCUCAACACACAACAACCACCACAUCUAAUCCUCACAAGGCAACGGACACCCAAUUUGGUUUGGCUAACGCCUAAUUCCUCCGUGUGAGCCCACUAAGGCCUCACUAAUCUCAUGGCCGGUGAUAUGUCCACAGUUGGAUGUGCUGCCCUCAAGAAAUCGGCCAAACAGAAACUUUCCAGUGACAAAGAGAACAAUUCCAGCAUCACAAAUGCCGUUGGUAAUCGCAAGGAAAAUGGUCAUCUGGCUAUGAAACCACCAAAUGUUCCACCGCUAAAUAUGCGCGGAGGUCUAAGGGUCUACAAGAUUGUCAUUCUGGGAGAUGGUGGUGUCGGGAAAUCGGCUGUUACUCUGCAAUUUGUCAGUCACAACUUUUUGGACUAUCACGAUCCGACAAUUGAGGACUCAUAUCAACAGCAAGCCGUCAUCGACAAUGAAGCAGCCCUUUUGGAUAUACUCGAUACUGCGGGACAGGUGGAGUUCACGGCUAUGCGUGAUCAAUACAUGCGAUGUGGAGAGGGAUUCAUAAUUUGUUAUUCCGUAAUCGAUCGGCAUAGCUACGAAGAGGCUUCGGAAUAUCGCAAACUAAUACAGAGAGUUAGAUUAACCGAAGAUAUUCCCUUGGUGUUGAUUGCCAAUAAAAGUGACCUCGAAUCUCUACGAAAGGUUUCCACGGAAGAAGGACGCAAUUUGGCCAAUCAAUUUGGCUGUCCAUUUUUUGAAACAUCUGCCGCUCUGCGUCUCUACAUCGAUGAGGCGUUCUAUGCUCUGAUUCGUGAAAUACGACGCAAAGAAAAACAACGGGCCCUGGGCAAUGGUACCAGUUCGGAAAAGUUACAUUCCCGGCGACGAAGUCGUUGGUGGCGUAUACGUUCAAUAUUUGCUUUGGUCUUUCGACGAAGACGGAAUUUAAAUUAAGCCUGAUCAGUUUGGGGUUUCUAGUUGUUAAAUGAAGACAAAACGCAACAAGCAGAAGAAGGAAGGAGAUGAAGCACAAGGAUGAAAACGCCGCACAUAAGAGAUUAUCAGCCGUAAGCGCCCACUUUUUUUGGUAGAGUAUGUUUAUAUAUUAUUAGAAGAACAAGAAGAAGCAGCAAAACAAACAGGUAUAUAUUCUAUAAGUAAUAACAAACACUAUAACAAAUCAAACACACACACUCUAUACAGAUCUGUUAUAAUCAUAAGAAUUGAACUAAAUCUUAGUACGAGUAGCAUUAUUUUCUAGUACAUUAUUUCCUAGAGGAAGAGAGGAGUAGAGAGAGAGAAAAUAGAGGGAAAGAAAAACGGGAGAGCGAUAUCAUUUAAUUCGUGUGGAAUGUUUGCGAUUAUUUUCAAUUAAAGUUUUGGAAACGACACACAGAUUUUGUGGUCAAAGUUUAACUAAAAAUAGUCCUGAAAUGUUAUUAAUGUCCUUUGGCUCUAUUCUAUUUCAAUGAGAAUAUUUAUAAAGUCAAGAAAUAUCAAAUGAGAAAUUAUUUAGCCAAAAUAGUUUUCGUUUUGUUUUUACAUGUAACGAGAAGCCAAGGCCUAAAUACAUAGGCCAGUAAUGCGAUUCUUUUAAAAAUUUGUUGAGUUACUGACAAGAUCGUUUAAAUUGAGAUGCUUAUAAUUUCGGUAAUCAACGAUUUUUUACGAAGUUAGCGACUAUGUUAAAGUAGUCGCUAAAUCCUACCGAUAGCAAUAGUGCUGUCAACUUCAACUUAGACUUUUCAUUCAUAAUUUUUCUUUUAAAUUUUGCCGAUAUUUGUUGGUAUCUCAAAAAAAGAGUUAGAUAAUCUCACUACCGGAGUCAUACAAUAAUGACGUUUACAAAAGACAAGAUAAUAGAGUUCUUGUUUUAUUUAUCGAAAUACCAAAAUUCGUCUUUAUGACGUCAGCAUCCCGAUAAUUGCUAAAUGAAUUCUCUGAUUCCAGAUAAUUUGUCCUAUGUAAACGCCACGUUAAGCUGCAUCUUGAGAUCAUUGCCUAAUCAGACACAUAAUUUUUUGAUUUUCUGAAAGAGGGCGGAAGCUUUUUUUGUCACUGCUUCCAUUUAACACUUCCCAUCUAUGCCUUAGGACAUAACCUAGAAACUUUGUUUAAAAUAUUCAUAACUUAAGGUGAGAGAACAUAAAAAGAUUUUUUAACUGGAUUAAGUCAUCGGCUGGAUUCUUCGGAAAAGAACAUAGGAGAGUAGGGCCAAAAUUGAACCAAGUCAACCUAAAACUCAUUUGUUCCUCUACGAAGAAGCCAGCCGAUGACUUAAGCCAUUAGCCACCUUUAAAGUGAAAAUGCAUAAAACUAUUUUCUGACUGGCUUCUUCGGAAAAGAAUAAUGGCGACUAGGGCCGAAAUCGAACUAAGUUAACCUAAAACUCCUUAAACCCGUCAAAAAAAAUCUUUAUGUACUCUCCGCCUUAGUACUUUCCAUAUCGACGAUCCUGAUUUCUAAGUAUUAGAAUUUUCCUAGUCAAACAUAUUUGUUUUUCUCUUUUAUUUAAGAAACUUAGAGUAUUUAUUAAAACUACAAGUUAAACUAAAACGAAUUGACUUCAAACAUAUGUUCCAUACUUGCAUACUAUUUAUAAUUAAAAAUCAAAAAAAAAACAUAUUUUGUCUCAUAAAGAUUGGCUGAAUCAUAGUAGCCGCAUUUGAAAUUAAAAUCUUAACCCAUAAACUGUUCGGGAAUGGCAAGCGAGUUUUACUUAUUUAACAUUUAUAAAGGUGAGAAUACAUAAAACGAUUCUUUGACUAGAUUAAGUCAUCGGAGUAGUACAUCGGCUACUACCGGUAUUCUUCUACAAUGGCAAUAACCAUGGUAGAAGCACUUAGGUAGACGCAUCGACACAGCUACCAAUUUUGGAAUUUAAAAUGUUAAAUGAACAAUUAUUUAAAUUGUAAAAAUUGUUGAAAAACACGUAUUAUCAUAACCUCCGAAAAGAAAACAUGUAAAAAUCUACUUAUAUUUGAAAAGACAUUUAAACUUUUUUGACAUAUCAAUGUUGUUGAUGCGUCCACCUGUAUUCUUCUGCUAUGACAACAACCCAGGCUUAAGCCAUGUUUACAUUAGAAUAUUUUUUGUUUUUUAAAAAUAUUUACAUAUAAUAAAUUCAGUAGAUAUCAAUUUCCUAUUAUCAAUUGGAAACCACUGAAUUUCAGAUGUGGACAUAUACCGGGCGUUUUAGGACUGUCAUUAUUAAUUUGACAAUAUAGAGACAAAAAAUGCAUGCAUCAGAGCAGAAUUGAAAUUGAAACAAGGAAGAAUACUGGUAGUCGCAUCGACACAGCUGCUGGGACAAUGAACUGUCAAACCAAUUUUCAAUUAAUGCUAGGAACACAAUUGGAGCGAACGAUGAAUUUCGCCCUACGCGGCGACAAAAUGAGCCGCGAAAAUUCGUCGUAUGGAACACAAUACCGACGAAAUUAUAAAACAGCUGAUGAAGUUGUUUACUUUUUGCACAUUUGUUGACUACAAUGAAUUAUACAAGAACACAUAAUUCUUUACGUUCUCUAUUAUAAUUUCACUUAUGUCCAUCUUCUCUAUUAUAAAUUCACUGAUAUCCAUCUUCACUCAGGCGCAAGUACACAAAUAAAUAAACAAAUUAAUUAUGUUUUUUUUUUUAUACGAGUAACAGAUAGUAGAGUGACCAUAACAAAUUUUAAAGUAAAAAGUAACUUUAUUUACUAAAACACAUAAAAUUCGUACAAGUAUGGCCACCUUGUACUGUUUUGUUCGCCGGUCGCCGGCGUAUGAAAUAGAAAUAAAGCUAAUUGAGUUCGCGGCGACCGACGAAAUUUUCGCCGGUGCCGUGAUUGUGUGCACUUCCAUAUACACAUAUGUGUUUUAUUUUUGACGACGAACAUACGCCGCGAAAAAAUUCGUCGUUCGCUCCAAUUGUGUUCCUAGCAUAAAAAUGUUGAAAAAAUAUAAUAGAAAAUUUAAGUUUUGUCAUAUCAAUGUUCCCAAGCGUUGAUGCAUCUACCUGUAUUCUUCUACCAUGAAUCUAAACUCGCUUAAUAGCGUGUUUUCACACGCCAAUUCAAGUGAAACUGACAUUUAAAAUCCACUACAUUUCCUCGUAUAUGUAAACACACUUCAUUGCUGUUUUCAAUGGUUUAAGGGUUAAGAAUAAACAUGUUAAUCAUCGAUUUCAAAACAAAAAUCACUCAAAAUAACUACCAAUCUAAUAAAUUAUUUAAGACAAAUAAAGAAUUUAUUAAUAGUUGAUACUUAAACAAAACUUAAUGUAAUUGAAAAGAAUAUAACAUCACAGUGAUGAGUUCUUUUGAAAUAAUAUAGUGUUACAACAAACAAGAAAAAAAAACGCAUAAAAUCAAAUACAAUUUAUUUACCGAUGGUUACUCAUACAGACAACAAAACAACAAGGUCCAAAGGUUACAAGGUUUUGUUAGUUAAAUAUAAUUUGUUAUUAUUUAUUGUCAUAUUCCGUCAUGCAUUCUCACCUUAGGAGUUGUCCUUCUAUUGAAGUACAUUGACAUGUGUGCGAUUAUUGAGUUUUAUUUGUCAAAUUUGCCUAAAUACUAUGAUAAAUAAAUCCAGUCAAGGUGCUUUAAACAUUAUGUUUUUUUUUCGAUUUAAAAUAAACUAGUUUAUUUUUUAGUGUCUAAUUAAUUGAAUUCUUUCUUAUUUACAUCAUUUUUUGACUUUCACUUAAAAACAGACACAUACACAAAGUUCCUUAUUUAUGUUACUCAUAUUUCUAAUGCUAUUGAGAAUAACAAACUAUAUAUAAAACACACAAAUUUUAUUUUUUUUUCUACUCAAUUUAAUUUAUUAUGUUUAAAGAAAACAUUGCAACUUACUUAACCAUUGUUGUUAUUCAUAUUUGUUAAUAAUUGUUAUAAAAGAUUUUAUGUUUAAUAAAUAAACAACUAUGUCCUACAAACAUGCAAACAUACAUAUGUAAAUAUGUUGAUUCAAAAUAAAACUAAAAAAUAAAUAAAACUAUUAAGCGACAUCUGAUGCAAAUAAAAAAUUGAAAACAAAUACAACACAAUAAUUAUCAGAAUUUAUUAAUAAAGAAUUAAAUAAUUAAACAAAAAAUAUUUAAGAAAACACAAAAAAUACAUAGUAAAUAAAUUGUUAAUUUACAUAAUCAAUAAGAAAUUAAUUAUAUAUAUAACUUUAAAACAGUAAAAAACCAAAACAUGUCAUCAAAUACCAAAAUAUG